GCCACAAUUAUUGCCGCUCAUUGUAGAAAAAAUUGCAAAAAGUAUUUUCUCGCAAAAUUUUAUAUAUUUAGCAUAUUUAUUGCUUCUGUGUUCUUCCAAUUCUUCUUGUGUUGUGUAUUUCGGUGAUAGAUGAUGAUAACAUGUAUGGAUUAAUGGUAUUAUGAUUGUGUUAGUUAGAUAUAUGAUACAGUGAAAAGUUUAUAUUAUAGAAGUGCUUUACCUGAGAAUGAUUUUGAUACAUAACCAGCAUUGCGUAUAUUGAAUACGCUGACACAACACUAUCUUAUUGGUUAUAAUGUCUGCUAAAAUAAGUAGGAAGUCCGGUAUGUUAUAUCGCAGAGGCGAUAAAAUAUUAAAACUCAUGCGGGAACAAGCGGAGUGUGAUGAACCUUUUCCUGACGAACUUCAUGAUAUCAGUAGCUUGAAUGGUGAAAAUGAUGUGCAACAAAUGGACAAUACCAUAUUUGAAGAUAUGGACGCUACACAUUCAUCCAACAUAGAAGAUGGCGAAAUAAACCAUUUUGAUGAAAUCAUCGAGGACGAAGAAGAUUGUAUUCGUUUUUGGACCCUUUUGACGAAUCAAUCAAUAAAAACUAGACGAAGCAAUGAAGGAAUCAUGGAUAUACCAGGCGGCAAGUACUGGUACAAUGGCAUUUGGCAUGCGACCGUAACUGUAUUUCCAAGUAUUUCAGCAAAUGUGCACCUGUGAUAUCCACUCUAUCAUUAAAUGUUUCCAUUGAUGGGGUACCUGUUCAUAACAGUGGUAAAACUCAGCUAUGGCCAAUAUUCAUCAAUUUGUUUGAAAUGCCUGAUGUGCCGCCGAUGUGUGUUGCUAUAUUUUGUGGCGAAAGCAAUCCUACACAAUUAGAGAAUUAUUUAAGACCUUUGGUUGAGGAUUUGAAGGAUGUCCUGGUUAACGGCAUAGAAAUACAAAAUGCGCAUGUUUCCAUUAAAUUGAGAGCAAUUAUAGCUGAUUCCCCGGCACGCUCUUUUAUAAAAGCUGUAAUUGCUUGUCACGCUAAGGAAGGAUGCCUCAAAUGUUGUUGCAUGGGUAUACACAGUGCAGAAGCACAUACCAUUGUGUUUCCAAAUCUUCGUAGUAAACCUCGUACCCAUGUUUAAUUUGAAAAACAAGAAAUGAAAGGCCAUCACAAAGGAACUACACCACUAUUAGAAAUUCCUUAUAUAGAUAUCGUGCGGGACAUUAUUGUGAGCGAUCCACUACACCUUUUGUUUUUAGGAGUGUUUCGCAGAUUGCUUCGUGGUUGGAAGGAAGGCAAGUUAUCACGAAUUAUAAAAUGGUACGAUGAAGAAUGCGGAAUAAUUUCUUCAUUUUUAAAGUCUAUAAAGCUUCCACGUGAGAUACAUAGGCAAAUUAGACCAAUCGAAUACCAGCCACAUUACAAAGGGUCAGAAUUAAGUUCGUUUUUUUACUAUGCAAGUAUAGUUGUACUAAAAAAAGUGCCUCCAGCUAAUGCCUAUAAUAAUUUUCUGAUACUAUUUUGCGCAAUUACUUUACUAUCUUCCUCUGUAUAUAAAAAUAACUGGAAAGUUGCUGGUACAAUGUUAACAAAUUUUGUUGGUGGUGUAAGAGAACUUUAUGGUGUUAAAGCUUUAGUGAGUAACUUUCAUAACCUAUUACAUAUCUACGAAGAAGUUAACCAUUUCGGUCCUCUAAUUACCCUUUCAUCGUUCCCAUUUGAAUGUCGAUUGGAAUACUUAAAAUAUCUUUUGCGUGGUGGUUCUAAACACAUAGAACAAUUUGUUAAUAGAAUCCUAGAGCUACAAGAUUUUGUGUUUUAUAAAAAUGAGAACGUAGAACUUUACCCUGCUUUAAAGAAACGAAAAACUUCAUGUGAUAAAGACUUGCAUGUAAGAUCGGAUUUUGUAUUACAAAAUGACGAUCACAAUGGAUGGUUUUUGACUAAAGAUAACAAAAUUGUUAGGUUCAGGGGAGCUGUGGCGAAUGAUGAAGAUAGCUAUUCAGCAACAGGGGAAGUUUUGAAAAUUAAACACGAUUUCUUUGAACGUCCUUUUAAAUCUUCGCACAUAAACAUAUAUGUACGAAACACUAAUGAUUUAGAAUUUGAAAACAUUGUAUAUAGUUGCUAUCGAAUGAAAUGUAAAUUGAUAGCAUUAGGUACUGGUAAGAAAGGUGAAUUCGUUUUUAAUAUGCAUUACACAUGUUAUACACGUAUCACAAUGUAAUAUUUUAUUUUUUUAUUUUACUUUUAGUAAAAACGUGUGAUGUGCUUUUCCUCUUUCCGGUGAUCUUUGACCGCGCUUUGGCGCUUUUCAAUUUGCCGUUUAAAAAGUCGUGCACAUCAGGAACAGUGGAUGUCGUUGUGCCAAUAAACCGAAAUAGUUCAAUAAUUUUUUCAAACUUUUAAAACUCCACUUUGCUUUCCAGAAAUCCUAUUCCACUCCAACUGCACUUAGGGAGGAAAUUCUUAUCGAAAAUUUUAUCCAAAGCUUCAAUCAUGCGAUUUUUACUGCCAGUGUUAGUAAUAGAGCAUUGCAACCAUUCUUGUAUUUUUGUCUUCUCCUCGGCCAUGCUAAGCUUAGCUUCAAAUUGCUCUAAUUGUUCCUCACUGCAAAUCAAACUCAUUUCGUAGUGAACUGGUUUACAAUUUAUAGCUACACCGUUGUUUUCUUCACGUAGAUUUCUUUCAGCUAUUGAAGUAGCGACCGUUCUUUCAAGAAUUUCCAUUCGUUUUUCUUGGCUUGCUAACAUUUUGAAGAUCUUGUUAUGAUCCUCGACCAUUUUAUUUUUUAAGUCUACCACACACUCAAUGAGUUUCUCAAUAUUUUGAUUAGAUGUUGGAGCUGAAAAUGAUGUGGACUCUAAGUUUUCUCCCUCUUCGUUGGCCGCCCACUCUGAAUAUUUCAUAUCGUCUGGAUGACAUACAAUUUCGAUUUUUUCAGGAUCUGUUAAUUGCUGCUGAGCACUUUGUGCAGACGAAGAAUCUUCAUAGAAUCGUUUGGUCAGUUGUUUAGUACGUUGAUUUGCAUCUUCGAACGUAGAAAAACCUGUCUGUAUGACGGUGCAACGUUUUCUUUCAAAUUGGCUGGGUGGUUCAUGAUGCUGUGCCCUGACUAGAUAUUUUUCAAUCGGAGAAUUUCGUAUUGCUGAUGGCCAUAACAAAUACAAUCAAUUUGUACUCGUUCCUUGCACCCAAGUGUCUGGUACAGCUUGGAUUUUUCCUUCAUCUGUUUUUACAAUUGCAUACGGCAUCUUCAAUUAAUCAAUAUUGUGAUCGUAACAUAGGAAAUAUUAGUAUCUGUAAAGAGUGCCGUGUUACGAUACCUACGAAACUAUACGAUUUCUCAUAUAAAUAACAGUUCUG